UAUGACUGCAAAAUAGCGGUUAAACCCGCCAUUGAUUACCUCUAAACCCCCAAACACACACGCGAAAAUGCCUUCUCUCCACCUCAUCACUUCCAUCCUCCUCCUCCUUUCCGCCGCCGCCGCCGCCACCACCAUAGGCGUCACGUACAACCCCUCCGCCCCCAACCUCCCCCCGCCUGAACGCGUAGUCUCCACGCUCCAAUCCCUCCGUAUCUCCGCCGUCCGCCUCCUCGAUCCGUCCCCCGCCGCCGUCCGCGCCUUCGCCUACACCAACAUCACCCUCCUCCUCACCGUCCCCAACCACCUCAUCCCCUCCUUCGCCGCCAAUCGCUCCGCCGCCGCCCUCUGGCUCCGCUCGCACGUCCUCCCCUACCACCCCCGCACUCGCAUCUCCCUGAUCUCCGCCGGCUCCGACGUCAUCACCACCACCUCCGCCGCCUCCGAUCCCACCGCCGACCCCUCCACCACCCUCCUCCCGGCCAUACGCAACCUCCGCCUCGCCCUAUUCGACCUCGGCAUCCGCACCAUCUCCGUCUCCACCACCUUCUCCUUCAUCGACAUCAUGACGACGUCGUUUCCCCCUUCCACCGCCGAAUUCCAGGAGCCGAUCGGAUCGCUCGUCGUCCGCCCCUUGCUCCAGUUCCUCGACGAAACCAACUCCUCCUUCCUCAUCAACCUCUACCCCUACAACAUCUUCAAAAUCAACUCCGAAAUUCCGGUCGGAUUCGUUCUAUUUCAGGAGCAUCCGUUCAAUUUCCGUGACGACGUGGUCACCGGAGUGAGAUACCGGAACUUGUUCGACAUGAUGGUCGACGCCAUCGUCGCCGCCAUGGCGGUGUCAGGGCAGGAGAAUGUGCCGGUGAUCGUGACGGAGACCGGGUGGCCGAGCCAGCCGGAGGCGCAGGACGCCGGAAACUACGCCGAGAUGUACCUGAGAGGGCUACUGAGGCAUCUGCGAUCUGGAUUGGGAACGCCUCUGAGGAAGGAAGGGGCGGCGGAGGCUUAUGUCUAUGAGCUGUUCGAUCAGAAGAGUACCUUCAACAAUACGAAUGGUACAAACAGUGAUGCGUCGAUGAGUGGCCGCGCCGCCGGAGGGAAACAAUGGGGGAUCAUGUACCCUAACAUGACGAUGAAGUACAGGGUCCAUUUCUCCGAUGCGCCGCGGAAUCUUGAUAAAAGGUUCGAUCGCCUGAUUAAUCUAGCUUACCUUCUGCUCGUGUUGCUCAAUUGGAAAGUAAUGAGAAGUUAGUGACGAUUUUCUGUUUGGGUUUUGAACACUGGGAUGGAUCUGGGAAGUUGACUAGUUUGAUUCAUUUGAUUCUUUUCUUUUUUGGGGGGAAUUUGGAUUGCUGUUAGAAUGAUGAGCUGCCAAUGAGAUUUUCUUUACCAGCUUGAGAUUCUUAUCAUAUCUCUGCAUUAUUUCUGUGAAUUUCUAUGCAUUCUAUUAAUUGAUCAAGAAAUUGGAUAAGAUGCCUACAUUUUGAUAAUAGUUUUGAUUGGGAUCUGGUAGAUUCUGUUCUAGUCAUUGAUUUGAAUUUAGUUUCAAUUUAAUGCAUCAUUUGAAA